AUGCAGAAUCCAACCACCCAAGACGAAAAUAAGACUUACAGGAGUGCUUUGACAUUGUUACAAAUUGAACCGAACGAGGCCAACGUCCAGACACUGAAGAACCAAAGGGCAAUUAGUAACUACACAAAGACCGACUACCACCGGUGGGCGUUGCUUGUGUUGGACUGCCUUCUGUUUGAUGCCCUCCGCGACGCCAUAGAAAUUGCGAUUGAGGUUAAACCGCUUAUAUCGGACCAGCACGAGCUUAUACGAAAGUGCAUCAAGGGAAGAAUAGAAGCAGUCGAAACAAAACAUCAGCAGGGUCUCAUUGACAACCCCAUGAGCCGUCAUACCCCACUCCAAGGCCUCUUCAGCAAAUUCUUCGAGAUUGCCGCGAAUAUAUGCCUUCUAUGGCUUGGGCUCAAGUCGGGAUUUCUCACAGAGAGAGAAUGGCACAACUUCACUGAUCUCUGGAAUCUCCGUCUCUUGGAAGCUUAUCACCAGUUUUCCACCUCCGCGCUUAACGUAAUCCAGACACUGACCGAGCCCCACGUUGCCGAACAAACUGUAACACAAUCAAGAAACCAGACCAAGGGACUUUUAUUCAGAGCUACACGGCAACUGUCCGUGACGAUUCAAGUUUUUGCAGAAGCCGAGUGA